CCCGCGCCAAUACCGACGCCCGAGACGCUGCCUGACUGCCAUGGCAGUCACAGAGCGUCAAAUGUAAUGUAUUCGUUGCAACACUGCGUAAACCUUUCCAGACGGGCCUGCAGGUACUUCGUUAUAGUGUUAUGCCUUGGGUUCCUGGUUUGCGGCAAAGCGGUACCACCUGAUCAUGCUUCGGAAGACUCGGCCGCACGUCCCCCUCCGGAGGGAUUCGACACGCGCGCCUACAAUCGGGCCUACGACAUUAAUAGCUUGGCGAGAGGCAACUUGAUACCCACAACUUCGGCAAAGAAUCCGGUGAAGAAUGACGUGCCCACCAAUGCCCCGGUCAGCUCGGAGGAACCUACCAGCGAGGUUCCGAAAAAGAAGCCGGUGGAGAGRUACCCCGUGAUAUCGGUGUCGUUCCAUCGAGUUGAGACCCCCUUCAUUAUUGGACUAUGGAUUUUUUGUGCCAGUCUAGCCAAAAUUGGUUUCCACAUGGCGCCGAAGUUGAGCGCUAUGUUUCCAGAGUCGUGUCUGUUGAUCUUUGUGGGAGUAGCUAUCGGCGUUGUGUUGGUCCAUCUAACAGAUUCAGUUCACAUGUCCCCACUCACUCCGGACACGUUCUUCAUAUACAUGUUGCCUCCAAUUAUUUUGGACGCCGGGUACUUUAUGCCUAAUAGGUUGUUUUUUGACCACCUGGGUACCAUUUUGCUGUUCGCUGUUAUAGGGACUAUUUCGAAUACAUUACUUAUAGGUGCUUCCUUAUGGGCAGUGGGACUGACAGGCCUGUAUUCCUGUGAUACUCCGUUACUCGACAUGUUCCUGUUUGGCUCGUUAAUAUCUGCAGUGGACCCGGUGGCUGUUCUGGCUGUUUUCGAGGAGAUCCAAGUCAACGAAAUCUUGUACAUAGUGGUAUUUGGUGAGUCGUUGCUGAACGACGCAGUCACUGUUGUUCUCUACCAUCUCUUCGAGUCCUACACGGAGAUGGGCCUCAGCAAUAUUGUGGCUACGGACCUUUUGUCGGGCUUUCUAAACUUUCUGGUCGUGGCCUUCGGUGGAACCGUUAUCGGAGUUAUUUGGGGCUUUGCCACUGCCUUAGUGACUAGGUUUACGAAUGAGGUGCGCGUCAUUGAACCCAUUUUUAUAUUUGUGAUGGCCUAUUUGGCUUACCUCAAUGCUGAAGUGUUUCACAUGUCCGGGAUUUUAGCAAUUACCUUCUGUGGCAUCACGAUGAAAAAUUACGUAGAAGCCAAUGUUUCUCAUAAGUCUCACACCACCAUCAAAUAUGCUAUGAAGAUGCUCAGCAGUUCUUCUGAGACAAUUAUUUUCAUGUUUCUGGGUGUUGCCACAGUACACAAAGGCCACGAUUGGAAUACUUGGUUCGUAAUAUUAACCGUCCUGUUUUGUUCGGUGUACAGAGUUAUAGGUGUUAUCAUUCUAACGGCUAUUGCUAACCGAUUUCGUCUUCACCAACUGAGCAAAGUGGAGAAGUUUGUGAUGUCCUACGGAGGCCUGAGAGGUGCGGUUGCUUUUGCGUUGGUUCUUCUGAUCGAUCCGAAAAUUGUACCACUUCAACCAAUGUUUAUGACCACUACAAUAGCUGUUGUGUAUUUUACUGUGUUUUUUCAGGGAAUGACGAUUAAGCCGCUAGUCAAAAUAUUAAAUGUGAAAACUGCAGAGAAGAGGAAGCCCACAAUGAAUGAAAGAAUACAUGAAAGACUGAUGGACCAUGCUAUGGCUGCUAUAGAGGACAUAGUGGGUCAACAUGGGAAUUACCAUAUCCGUGAUAGAUUUAAGCGUUUCGACAACAAAUACUUCCGGCCGUACCUUCUACGGAACCACCAAGGAGCUGAACCGAAAAUUCUAGAAACUUAUUCAAAACUAGCAAUGCGAGACGCAAUGGAGUACAUGCGUCGCAAUGCUUCCACCAUCGGCAACAUUUCCAAUACUGAAAGCAUGUCGGCAAUUUUCCGAAAUUAUACUUCGUCGACGGGUAACCUCAACGGAAGGUGCGCCCCUAAAUUAAUAACCUGCUCUAGUUUGAGUCAAAUUGAUACCAGUUCGUGGAACAUUGAUAUGCAAGAACUGGAAUAUAAUCCGUCUAAAAAGGAUCUGACCGAUGCCAAGAUUCAUCACCUCCUUGCUGAAGAAUUAGUUAAGCCCUAUCGGAGGGUAAGUCAUCGGCGGUUAAGCUACAGUAGACAUGCCGUGAACGAUCGUGAUUUGUCUACACAAGUGAACUACAGAAUGCAUGUUAACAUGAGAAGACUGGUGGCUGAUAAGAAACACCAUCACAGCCAUAAAAGACACAGCAAGAAAUUGAAUAAGGUAGUAAAUAACGGAAAGGAAAAUCACGUGAGCUUUCCGGAGUUCCAGCAAAAUGGAACGGCAAAACAGUUUUCACAUGACUACAUAAGCGAGGUGUUGCACGAGGAUGCAGAUACUGAGCCCAGAUCAAACAGGGAAGAAUGGGACAGUCCGAUUACUUUUACUGCAAAAUCAUCGCCUAGCACUGGAACUGACGAUAACAGCGGCAGUUUCGCUAGUCAGACAGCUCCUUUAAUGAGCUCGAUUGCUAAAAAACCUACCGUCAUGGAGAGUGUUCUGCCCUGGAGAAGGGAUCGGAACGUUACAGAUGACAGUAGUUACACUGAAACCGGAAAGCGUUUAUCCAGAGGAUCCAUUGACUGUUGUGACUUGAUGAGAGUGACGACUCCAACAGCUACCGAAAUGAUGUUACCUUGGAAGCGGGAUGAAGAAGAUGGAUGCGGUCCUCUUCAGCAGGCCGAGUUUCCAUAUUGGGCAUCAAACAAAGAGUAUUUGGCCUACAAUUCUCCCUCAGCUACAUUUUUAGGUGGCCUAGAGAACCCCAAUAAAAACACGAUUUUCGGCCUAUUCCACCGCGAAAGUCUUGGUUCGGAACCAACAAACAGCAGCGAUUCAACACCGCUGAAGGAACGAAGAGGAUCGGUCAGCCGAACUUCAAUAGUACUUGUUGAAGAAGGCGAAUCGGACCCGUUGGGCGCCAUUCCGAAGGAGAAUUCGCUCCCUAGACAACAUUCCCUUGGAGGGGCUCCACCAAUUCCUCCUCCUCCACAGACUCCCGGUCAAAGACGACAAGCUCGACGAGGUUCCAUGCUCGAGCUAAGCGGAUCCCUAACCAGAAACCCCAUUCCAGAAGAGCAAAACGGCUGUAAAGUGCCACUUCAAACGUCCUCUCUAAAGCGACCUACUUGGUUAAUGCAACAUCAAACCAUUCGCUCUGGCAAAACCAGCUUGUCCAAACAAAGUACACUGGGUGCAUCUUUAAUGGGCACAGCUUCGAGCCCAUCUACGACUUCAUCGUCAGACGAUGACGAUGACCUACUGGUGAAAAGUGGUUUCUGAUCCGAAAGUUCACCCUUGAAAAAGGGGCCGAUUUCCAAAUCCCUUAGUCCAAUAUUGAGUAAUAUUCAUAUGAAGUAUCAAGCUUUGACUCGAAAGUUUAGUAAAGAUCUAGUUUAGGUUCAGUUAAGAACGUCUUUCAGGUAAGUUUUUAGUGGUUUAUUCUUAAGCAAUUUCAUUUUCAGUUGCGGUGGAUUUUGUAAUAUUCACAACCAUUACCAAUUGAGAAAGACAUUGUUUGAUUUUUAUGAUAAUUGAAUCAUAUAGUCUAGUUAGUAAUCUUACUUUUUCAUAUGAAUAAACAUACUUUGAAACAAUAUCACAGAUGGAACCUUAUCAAUGUCCACAUGUUCCGUAGUGAAGUUUUUGGAGGUUAAAACUGAGGAGAGGAAAACUGCGCAAUGUUACCUAUUUUGAUAGGAAACAAUUUAAGUAAAUGGAAUUUUCGGUUUCUUCUUCUACUUGUGACUACUUCUUGAGAAUAUCGAUAUUUAAAAAAUAUAUAAGAGACAAAUAGUACAUCUCCCAAUAAUAAUACUAAUUUGACCAUUGGAAAGAAGUUCCAGCAAAGCAAUUAGGGGUGAAUCAGGGUUUGAUUUUAGAAAAGCUAUUGUUCGAUAAUUUCAGCAGUUUUUUCAGAAAUUCUGCAAGUAUUGAGAUACUUAUUGCCUAUUGCAUUGAGGAUUAAUGCUAAUUGCCUUCUAUCCCGGCCAAAUGGCUAUACCAUUACAAGAAGUGAUGGUAUUUAUCAAAGACCCGGACCGAAACGAAAUAACUGUUCCGUUUCGGUUUCGGUUCAAGGCAGAAUUUAAAAUUUCGGUUCCGUUACGGUUCCGGUUUAGAAAAUAAUUUCAAAUUCGGUUCCGUUCCGGUUCCGGUUUUUUUCGGUUUAUUUCGGUUCCAAAAUCUAUAUAUAACAACGAACAAUUACGUACCCUCCCCAAAAAAUAUCUUAUAUCAACAAACAUAACAUAACUUAAUUACCUACCUUUAUUGACAUCUUACACAAUUUGCAAACAGAUUUAUCUUCUAUUUUAAUGAAGUCAAACUGCCCGUGAGCAACAUUUGUUAUUUUUCGACCCAUAAUUGUAGGCAUCAGUAAGCGCAUAGAUUGUAACCGUGUAGAGUUAUUUUUGUUUUGUAAAUGUUGAGGUUGCCAACUUUUUCAUUUCCAAAUUGCGCAGGCGCACUGUGCUCUGAAGAGGCAAUUAAUCUGUAGGAUAUUAGGUACUCAAGUUAUUUAUUCAAAUACUAUAAAGACCACAGGCAAAAAAAGUGCUUUGCUUUUUCUUAUCACUGAGAUCACCGGUUAAUAACGGCUUUAACGCGUAAUAUGUCUUUUCCUUUAAAAAAAUUGUUAUUUUCUGAUUUAUACAAGAUCUUGUCGUUUAGGACCAGCCGCAAAGAAUAGCGUUUAUAUUUCCUCCCUUUGACGGCGUCGCGGCGCCGACUAUUAAAACGAUUCCAGGAACUAACUAAAAGAAGUGCCGACCCUUUGUCGGCACAUCAUACACCGCCUCCCACCAGAACACAGAAACGUAAUUUUAUAUUCAUUUGCAGGAGGAUAAAUGAUUAUUUUCAUUUGCUUCUAAAAUGUACAGUAAUUUCUGUCAAACGUUACAGGCAGAACCGAAAAACCACCGAAAAAACCGAAAUAAAAUAUUUCGGUUCCGGUUCAGCAUCUAACAGUGUGUUAAUAUCAAAUAUGGGUUCCGUUACGGUACCGGUCCAAAAAAAAAACGGUUCCGUUCCGGUUUUGGGUUCAUAUCGGUUCCGGUGCGGAUCCCUGGUAUUUAUUACAUUAACAUUUUAAAAAGUAAUUUGCCAGAAUCCUCAGAGUCUGAGGAGCAACUGUAACAUCGAAAUUUUUUAUUCAUAAAGAGCGUUCAAUAUUUCAAACUUUAACCUUGUUUCUACUUAAAUCAAAUUAUUUAAAUAAAACUACUCAAUUUGACCAAGUGUUUGAUKSACCAUUUGGUGACACAUAUUUAACCAAAUAACAAYCAGAAGCAAUCAGAUCCUUAUGUUUGAAAAUAAUAAUUAAUAAUUUGUAAGGUAAAUUUGAAAAGUAAUCGAUCUUGAUUAAAUUUSUGGUGGGAUAACAAAAGCACUGCAGGUAAACGUUCYUAAUAAGCCUGGGUAACUCAGUUAAUUUUCAAGAAYUGGCACAGGGUUGCCGAAAUGGCUUGUUGUGCCAACCCAACGCACCGGCACCGUAACUCACCGGCGCAGUUGCGUUUUUGCUGUUUGAUUGUCAUUGACGUUUUUUUAAAUUAAUUUUUGUCGUAAACUUGCACCUAAAUGUUUGAUAUUCAAAUUCCAUCUGACUUUUUGUGACAAAUCUAUCAGAGUUUACUCACGACGUUGAAAACUAACCGUGUGGCUCAAAUGGUUCUUKAGCAACGUCAAAAACGGUGGCGUAAUGUUCCAGUCGAUUUCGCAAUUUAAAAAGAAAACAGGCAAAUCUAAAAUCCUUGACUUUUUUAAACCAAAAMCAUAAMRCUGGAACYCAUAUUUGCAUAUCUGAAACGGUUCUUUAGMGACAAGCCUCAGAUGAGCUUGCAAAAAAUACCAAGCCGCCCAAARGAUUCCCAAAGUUUAAAAAUUUCUUCUGAAGGAAUCAAUGGUUUAAUCGGAACCAACUACACACUACUAGUAAGUUGAUGCUAAUUGUAUUGAAUACUGGAACCCAMAUUUCCAUAUCUAAAGCGGUUUUUUWGCGAAAAGCUUCAGAUGAGCUUGAUAGAAAAAAGCUAAGCCGCCCAAAUAUUUCCAAAGUUUAGAAAAUAACUACGAAAGAAUCAAUAGCUCAAUCGAUAUCAAAUCCACGUUACGAGUCAGUUGAUGAAUGUCGGAAACAUUCUACAUGUUCAUGGCAACCAGGGGCAAAGUAAUGCUGAACUUACCGAAAGCUGCGUAGUGCCACCUGGAAAGAAAGAAGAAAA